AAACAUCAUUGUGAAAAGACGCUGCUGUUACAGAUUAACCCAAGGGAAGGUCCAGUGGGAUCAGAUGGAGGAGUCACCAUGGAAUAAGAAUGGCAGUGUUUGUUCAAAAGGUGUUUCACACCCUUGGUUUAGAGCUGGAGAUUUGUGAGGAUUUUGCAAGAGAGGCAGUAGAUACUGCAGUGAACAACCAGUCCAGCACCUUAUGUUGUUUUGAGGCAUACCAAUGCGUUCUGCAGUAAUGGAAGGAUUAGGAAUUGCAGCCCUCCUUGUCUGCUGUUUUCUAUCAAAAAUGUUACGUAUUUCUUCCUCCACUACAGAAUCUACCACCCAGUCUCACACGACACCAAUUACAAUUUAAUAAUGAUACUUAAUUUUUUCCAAUUUUUUAUUCUCUGAGUGGUGGAUGAUUAUUGAGGAACUUACAGAGAUGGGCAGUUUUAAAGACCACCUUAGAAUCCUCCUGUAGAAAUAAAACUACACCCAGCCGCCAUUCUCUUGACUUUCAGUCACGUGUGAUUCAAGUCUUGGUCAACAGAGGGAGAUACAGCACAACUUAUCAGCACAUUUCUCAGGCCAGUGUACAGUCAGUUGUCUUCCACAAAAAAUCGAGGGAUUUAGCAAAUCUAAUUAAUUUUGUAUUGAUGUUCAUAUUUACUGUGUCUUAACAGCUCACUGUACAUAUAAUAUUAUACUCUCAGGACAUCAAAGAGCUACUUUGGGUCUCAAUACCAAAGCACCCUUUGCUCUUGUGUAUUUUACUUUAUUCAGCAGUAGGCAUGGAAAGCUGAAGCAGGAGUCUGUGCACGUUGCAAUCAAGGACAUUGUGAGGAAAAGAGGAUCCCUGGGAAGUGAGGUAGGAUGCAUACCAAGAUCCAUCCUGGGAAAGGAGCACUCUGGUUUCCUCAGGGACCUUACCUGCUGCCAGGUCCCCUUGCCCUCAGCAGACCCACCGCUGAGAGUGGAGGUGAUCUACUCCUCAAACAGGCAUCAAUCCACAAGCAGCUUUCUUGCAUAAUGAUGGAAAGAAGGUCUUUGAAAUGAAUAUAUUAAUAUCCUCUUGAUUUACAGAGUGAAAAUGCAGUUAUCCAUGGAAAUCCUGCUGCCCCUUCCCUACUCUAUUGCAGCAAUCCACAUGCUGCUCAGUCUCAUGCUGACUGGCAUCAGGUUUACACAACAAACCACACCAAAGGCUUUUGCAAAGCUCACUAAUGACCUUUACAGCCUCUGAGAAGAACAGUACUUUCCUUAUAUACUGUGAAACCACAGAAUCACAGAAAAAAUUAGGUUUUGAGAUGACUGAGUCCAACCUCUGCCCGCCUUGUCAACCACACCACGGCACUAAGUGCCACACCCAGUCUUUUCUUAAACACCUUCAGGACUGCGUCUCCAGGGAUGGUGAUUCCACCACUUCCCUGGGCAGCCUAUUCCAAUCCCCCAUCACUCUUCCAACAGACAGAAGUCUUCAGAGAAAGGGAAGGAAAGGAAGGAUAUUAAAUACUUGAGAGUAAAAGUGGACUCUAGAGUAGAAAAUGAAAUGUCAAUGCCUUCCUCAGUGCCGCUCCUUCUGCCCCUGCUACCCCCUGUCUGUCCAGUACCAGCCCAUGACUCAGUGGUCUUGUGUCGGCAGGCUUUAGAGAAAGCAGGAACCUGGUGUUGGGCCAGCACCUGCCAGCCGUCUUUAGGGUAUGGCACAUCCACUCAGCACGUGGUGAGAGGGAGGUUUCCAAGUGGAGUUGUCACGCUUAGCAGCACUUCCAGCUGCGGGUGCUUUAACAGGACAGCCCCUGUGGUAAGCCUUCUCCUUUAAUGCUCACCUGCCCGACCUGCUUUCCAAAAGCUUUUAGAAGGGCUUCUAUCUCUUUAAAACCCCCCAGGAUACAGCCCGUGAAAACUCUUCUGGGGACAAGAGGGAGGAGAAGGUAGGCCGGUGUUUAUUGUGCUUUUUCUCAUCCUGACAGCCGCAAAACCGGGCUGGUUCCAGCCUUUCCAGCCGUAUACAUCCGUAAGAUUAGCCAGGGUGGUGGCAGCGGUCCCCUUUUCCUUCAGCUAAGGACGGACGCGAGCGGAAAGCAGCGUUUCCCUCCCAGACGCUUUCGGUUUCCAUUCUCCGGCAGCGCCGAAGUUUCUUUUUCCCGUCGCUCCCUACCUGGGGGCGGCUCCCACUGAGCCCCUGCCAGCUCGGUCCGUACCGCGGCUGGGGCGGGCUCGGCCCCGGCACCGGCACAGGGAUUAGGACCGGGAUCGGGGUCGGGAUCGGGGUCGGGACCGCUGGCAGCGGUGCGCAGCCGGCCUCGCCAUGACGGCGGAGGAGAAGCAGAACCUGCGGUGCUACCGGCGGUACAUCGAGAGGAGCCUGAACCCCGUGUACGUCCUCAGCAACAUGACGGACUGGCUGUCCGACGAGGUGAAGGAGAGGGUCCGUAAGGAGGAGGAGAAGGGGGUGACGGCGGCCGCCGCGCUGUUCCUGGAUGCCGUGCUGCUGCUGGAGGCGGAUGGCUGGCUCCGGGGAUUCCUGGAUGCGCUGGUGGCUGCAGGUUAUACUGGGCUGGCAGAAGCAAUUGAAAACUGGGACUUCAGCAAGCUGGAAAAACUGGAGCUGCACAGGCAGCUGUUGAAGAGGAUAGAAGCAACAAUGCUAGAAGUUGAUCCUGUAGCAAUCAUGCCAUAUAUAAACAUGUGCCUGAUAGAGAGGGAUUGUGAUGAGAUCCUGCAGAUCAGUGAAUACAGAAGCAAAGCAGCUGGGAUAACCAAACUCAUUGAGUGCCUCUGUCGCUCGGAUAAGGAAAACUGGCCCAAAAGUCUUCAGCUGGCACUGGAUAAUGCAGGAUAUUACAAUGCAAGUGAACUGUGGAAUAUAAGAGAAGAGAAUGGCAAAGAUGUGGAUGGUGAAAUGACAGAUGCUUCUGAGAAUUACUUUGAAACCAUGGUGACAUUUUCUGAAGAAGCAGAAUGUGAUAAUCUCAGUGAAAAUCUCUCUUCAGUUUCAGAAAGUAUGUAUGAGUCUUCGUCUGUUUAUAAACCAAAGAAGGCCCGGAGCUACCAGAUUGAGCUUGCACAGCCUGCUGUUGAUGGGAAAAACACAUUGAUUUGUGCCCCCACAGGAUCUGGAAAAACUUUUGUGGCACUUCUGAUUUGUGAACAUCAUUUGCAAAACAUUCCCUCAGGACAAAAGGCAAAGGUUGUCUUCCUUGCAACCAAAGUGCCAGUGUAUGAGCAACAGAAAAAUGUGUUCAGGCGGCAUUUUGAAAGGAGUGGAUACUCUGUUCAAGGAAUUUGUGGUGAAACAGUUGCAAAUAUCUCCGUAGAAAAGGUUAUACAGGACAGUGACAUCAUUGUGCUAACUCCCCAGAUUCUUGUGAAUAGCAUGGAGAAAGGGAUCCUUAGCUCCCUCUCCAUCUUCACUCUGAUGAUAUUCGAUGAGUGCCACAACACUACAGGCAACCACCCUUACAAUGUGCUGAUGACCAGAUACCUGGACCAAAAAUUUGACUCCUCUGCAAACCAGCUGCCUCAGAUUGUAGGUUUAACUGCUUCUGUUGGAGUUGGCAAUGCCAAAAGCACUAAUGAAACUGUAGAGCACAUCUGCACCCUCUGCUCCUACCUUGACAUACAGGCCAUAUCCACUGUCAGAGAGAACAAAGAAGAUCUGCAGAGGUUUGGAAACAAGCCUGAAACACAUAUCAGAUGGGUUAAAAUGCGAGCUCAGAAUCACUUUGCAGACAUUAUCUCAGGUCUGAUGUCUGAGACAGAGAUGUUGAUGAGGAAGAUUUAUUCAGUGGAUACCAUCUCCCAAAUCAACAAGAAUUACCUUGGAACACAGAGAUAUGAACAAUGGAUAGUUUCCACUCAGAAGAAAUGCAGACUGUUGCAACUGGAAGAUAAGGAGAAGGAGAGCAGUAUUUGUAGAGACCUGUUCAUUUGUACUGAGCACUUGCGGAAAUUCAACGACUCUCUGAUUAUCGGUGAAGAUGCUCGCAUCGAAGAUGCUUUAGCCUACCUGAAUGAAUUUUUCACAAAUGUUAAAAAUGGACCAUAUACAGAGUUAGAGAAGAAACUGACGGAGAAAUUUCAAGAGAAAGAGCCAGAGCUGACUGCCCUUUCAAAAGAUGAGUCAAAUGAGAAUCCAAAGUUGGAGGAGCUUGCUUGCAUCCUGGACGAAGCAUACCGCUAUAACCCGGAGACUCGCACUAUUCUCUUUGCCAAGACAAGAGCCUUAGUAGCUGCUUUGAAGAAGUGGAUUGAAGCAAACCCUGUACUUAGCCACAUAAAGCCGGAUGUGUUGAUGGGUAGAGCAAGAAGAGACCAUAAAACAGGUAUGACCCUGCCGAUGCAGAAGGGUGUACUGGAUGCAUUCAGAAAUGACAAAGACAUCAGACUGCUAAUUGCUACAUCUGUUGCUGAUGAAGGCAUUGAUAUUACUGAGUGCAACCUUGUGGUGCUCUAUGAAUACUUUGGUAAUGUCACCAAAAUGAUCCAAGUCAGAGGUCGUGGAAGGGCAAGAGACAGCAAGUGCAUCCUUGUGACAAGCAAAACAGAAGUGGUUGAAAAUGAAAAACUAAACCGUUACAAGGAAGAAAUGAUGAAUGCAGCUAUUGAAAAGCUACAGAACUGGGAUGAAACAACAUUCUCGAGAACGAUAUGUCGCCUGCAAAGGAGGGAAAAGGGACUACGAGAUUCUAAGAAGAACGAAACAAAACCUGAAGCAAUGAAAGGGAAAAAAAAACUUUUGUGUGGAAAAUGCAAAGUGUAUGUCUGCAGUACAGAUGACAUCAGAAUUAUAAAGGAAUCUCAUCACACUGUCCUGGGUGACACGUUCAAGGAGCGUUACAUAACAAAGCCCCACAGGAAACCAGUUAAGUUUGAUGAUUUUGUGAAAAAAUGCAAGAUGCAUUGCCGAAAUGCUGAGUGCCAGCACGACUGGGGGAUCACAGUGAAGUACAAGACAUUUGAUAAUCUACCAGUGAUCAAAAUCAAAAGCUUUGUACUAGAGGACAUUGAAACUGGGACACAAAUGGAUUUUCAGAAAUGGAAAAGUAUUAAUAUGUCUUUGAAAAAUUUUGAUGAAGAUACAUUCAGCUGAACUCAACAUUUUAAUGGAUUUAUUGUUCUAGUGCACUAUGCUGAAAUAGCAGAUGAUCAGUUUUCUAUAAAAACUUUUGUUCUUUAUGCUAGGCCCCUCUAGCUAGAUUAUAAAAGGCUGGUAAAGCCACUAAACCCAGUACUUUGCUAUAUAAUGAAAUACUUAACCAGAAGUUUCACUAGAAGGACAAAUACAUGUCCUUCUAGUGACCGGUGUGGAUCUAGGCGUCUAGAUCCACAUCAUUAUGGCUAUGAGUAACCUGGUCUGAAAAAAAAUAAGAUCAAGUUGAAUGACUAACUAAACACCCAACUUUAGAUGGCAGGCUACACCUUCAAGAGUUGAGUUGCAAAUCAGCAUCUUCUUACAUACUACUAAUGUGUUGUUGGAUUGCACAUUGUUGUGAACAGCAUGGCUUACUAGCACUUCACGUGCUACUCUAGCUACUUUAGAAACUUUUUAUAAAGUUACUUUUAACCUUCUAGACCUAGAUGUAUAAAAUUGAAAGAAAAAUGUCCAGUAACUUUUCUGUAAGGAAGAUAGUACAUUUCUUAAAUCUAUCUUUAAUAGGAAAUGCUUCUGCAACAGUAAGAAAUUCAGUAGGGCAAAGCCCUCUUGGGGAUUCAUUCUUGUGAUUAAAAUGAUAGCACUUUUUUAUAUCAUUGCAUCUUGAUCAAGCUGCUGUUGCUCAGGUUGCAGAAUGGGCACCCUCCUGUGUUGCUGAACUGAACAAGCCCUAAAAGGGACAAGACAGUGCCCUGAAUCAUGGGGAAGGUUCAGUUUUGAUGGGGAUUAGCACUUACCUGGACUGACACCUAAAAUCUCUCAAGACACUGGAUAUACUGUAAGCUUCCUGUCAGAGCUGGUUGAGCAUUCUUACAAAGUCUAGGCAUUAGUGUGUUCAAAUUUGUCCUUUUUACCUAGAUCCCAGACUUCUCUGGGAAAAAAACAGAAACUCCUACAGAGUUAUGAAAUGUACUUGUACAUUUUAAAGCACCUGCUGAUUCUACACAUCUUCAAUGAGCCUAGUAUUCAGUAUUUCUGGAACCAAAACCAAUGCAUUUUAAGUUCACUUUGUGUAUUUGACAAUGUAGUGAGGUAUGUACAUGCAAGAAUUAUGUUACAAAACACCAGAAUUAAUUAAAAAAAAAAAAAAAGAAAGCACAAUUCCCCCUCCUGCCCCCCAAAUCCUAAUUUAAGAAUUAAAAAAAAUGAACCUGAAUUUAUGAGUUCAAAAAUUAAUUUAAACUGCCUAAAUCCUACUCAGUGAGUCUUGUGAUGUUCUUGUAAAGUGUUGUGUGGCAUUAAAUGCAAAAGAACUUUGUAAGCACUGCUUCAUGUUUCAGCCCAGUCCAUGGCUUUUACUGUGAAAGCGGUAUAUACUGUACAGGAAGCUUGAAUCUCAGUCCUACAGUAACUUCCUCUGUACUUAGUUUUUACCUAAAAGGAAACAGAACAAUUAAUAAAGAUGAUUUAUGUUUAGAUAAUGCCUCCCCUCCAAAAAUACUAGAAACAAAAUACUUUUAAAAAAGGCUGGUUUAGCAUUGCACUGUUCCUAAAACAGUGAAAGGAUCAUCUGCUUUGGGACUCUUGGCAUAAAAAAUAAUCAGUCAAAAUUCCAGUUUAUAGUGGUAACUACUGGGAAGUUGAACUUAAAAAGUUUUGGUAUUUUCCUGUUCUUAGAACGCAAGGAUUUUAGACUGAAACAACUUUGCAAUUCAGCAACUAAAGGAAUACUAAAGGUUGAUGGAGUAACACAUUAAUAAGACUUCAGCAUGAUACGAGAAGCCUUUCCUUCAGUACACAGUGGAGAUGGGAGGGUGGGGAAGUACACCAACACCCUAUUUGGCCUUUGAGAAUAUCUGAUUAUUUUUUUUUUUUAAUUGAAGCUGAAAUUGCAUAUUUCUUACUAAGAUUACUACCAUAUUAACAAAUCUCUGUUCACAGAAUCACAGAACAGCUAUGGUUGGGAGGGACCACUAAAUGUCAUCUUGUGACCAAAGGGAUUGCCCAGGACAAUGUCUAAAUGUCCUGACAGCAUCUGAACAUCUCCAAGGACAGAGACACCAAAACCCCUCUUGGCAAUCCCCUCCCAUCAGUGCUUGGUCCCUCAGAAUGAAAAAGUGUUUCCUGUUGUUCACAGGGAACAUCCUGUGCUUCUCACUGUUUGUGCCCACUGCUUGCUCUGUCAUUAAGCACCACUAAAAAGAGCCUGGCUGCAUAUUUUUGUGCCCUCCAUUCAGAUAUUAGUACACAAACAGCAGAGAUAUCCCUGAGCCUUCACUGGACGAAAUAGUCCUGGAUCUCAGCUUCUCCUCAUGAGAGACACUUCAGACCCUGCAACAUCAUGGUGGGCCUCUGAAGGAUUUACUAGAGGUGCUCUGUCACAGUCAAGCAAUAGCCUGCUUCAGGUACAAUGCAAUCACUGAAGUCUCUUCUUUCAUAAAUAUUUUAAUAGUUGCUUUUUAUCCAGAAAUAGCCAGACCUGACUGCAAAAUACAUUAAGAAAUUACUUUGAAGUAAUUUCUCCACUAUGUUAAUUGUUGCAGCAGUUGCUGUAAAUACAGUUAAGGGCAAGAAUUAGUAUUAUAACCUUGUUUAUCUCUGAGUAGGAGUAGUUUGUUAUCCCUGUAAAUACAUUCUCAUGGCAUUAUUGAUUGGGCAGUCACUGACUGCACUGAGUGCAUGAAUUUAAUUAGGGGUUGCUGAGUGACACAGAAAUUGCUGACGAGGAUCUUGAAAGUGUGGAGAUUGUCUUCUUGAGGGCACAAAACAGGGAAUUGUAUCACACCACUAUUCUGUUAGGUUACAGAAGACUGCCAGUGUGUCACAGUAUGUGUCUUCAUUCUAUCUCAUGCAAACUUGUCAAAUAAACCAGAAUUAAAACAUGGAAA